AUGGCUUCCGAACCUAGACCACUGGGCAUUGACGUCCACCGUCCCCCCAUGGAGUCACCUCCUGGAAUUGCCGCCCUGUUUGUGAUCAGCUUCGACAUCAGGACCGGAUAUGUGGUCUCAUGGAAACGAACUGCCCCUGGAGUGGAGGUUGAAGGGGUAGUGGAAUACAAAUCGCUGCCAUCGGGACUACACAAUGUGACCGAGGACCUGGUGUAUUUUGUCCAUGAGCAGUAUGCCGGAGUCAGCGCGUUCCUCAAUUAUCCCGCCACGGAGGCCGAGCGCAAUGCGAAGAUGUUCGCCAUCGGUGUGCUAGUACCUCUCAGCACAGGACGACUGGGCAAGAGUUGGCGACAUGCACCAAAGCUCAAGGAGCUUACGCAGAAAUACGCCGCAAACAUGGAGGACAUGCAGCCGAUGUCUGACUAUUGGGAAUCGUAUCGCAUAGGAGGACCUGACUCCUCAGCCCCCGACUCACCAAUGGACUCGCCCUUGAGUCUCCGAUUCCGCCCCGGCGAGCGCCCAGAUGACCCGAAUCGCACCCGCGCCUUCAGCGAUGCGAUGGUGCUUGAGACGUUAAGACCAGCUCUGACACCAGACCACCCUGCUUCGUCGCUUCCUGGCCUUAUGGACUCCUUCGGGCCUUUGGUUUUCCCUCUGUACAGAGCAGCCUUGCUGCGCAAGCGCAUCCUCUUCAUGGGCGAAGCCCCCGUGCAUACUCCAUGCAAUUACGUAUAUGAUCUAUCUCUUCUAGCCUCACUACCGAACUCCCUCCUUCAGUUCCUCCCGUCAGAUCGCAUCCCACCUCUCCGUCCGCGUCCCCUCUUCAAUAUCGGUAUCCACGACAUUCCCUACCUAUCCUCGCUCGAUCCCUCAAGAAGCACACUAGACCCGGAAACAGACCCUAGCUGGAUCGCAUGCUCCACAGACACAGUUCUAACAAUGAAACCGGACCUCUUUGACGUGCUCAUCACCCUCCCGGCACCAUACACACAACACGCCAGCGAGCGAACCUUCCCCAAGAUCUCUCUGGUCCACACAACAGGCCCGAAACCAAACCAAACCCAGCAUAUCCCUCUGAAAGCAACCCAGCGUGACGCCCGCCGCUUCUCCAUGCUCCGUCGCGGUCUCCGCCAAUUCUCCAAUAGACCCACAACCCCAGACUCAGAUCCAGACUCAGACACAGACUCGACCUACUCCCCCAGCACCGUCGUCGAACCCCUAUCCUGGACAAGACUAGCCUACACGUCCUUCAUCUGGUGGGCGUCCGCCGGCGAGAACCGUGACGGCCUCUCACAGGAAGAAGAAGAGCAGCAAAUAGAACAAGAUACCCGCCUCCUCGCCAGCGUCGAGUCCCUCGCCAACCCCUCGCGCAACCGUCGCUUGUUCAACCCAGAAGACCCAGCACAGCAACCGGCAGAAGUCGCCCUGGUGGCCUACUUCCGCCGACUAACAUCUCAAAUCUUUGUGACGCUCGCUGGCGCCAUUGCCCGCAAUGACAGUGAAGUCCGCGACGACGAAGACGACGUGCCAUACAAUGAUGCGUCGUACAUUGAUGAUCCCGCGGAAGACGAUACAGAUCUCUCGCUCUCCAUGUCGCGUCAAUCCAUGUACGGGGACGAUGGACAUAGCCCGCUGCUGCGCCAGCGCUCUGGUGCGUAUACGCCUUCGCAGGCCGGGUCUCGGGCCAGCUUUGAAGACCGAGGCGAUGGGCUUGUUACCAUUACCGUUGCUGAUAUGGCGGAAAUGGGACUUGAUGUUUGGAGUGCGGCUGAUCGUGUCUUUGUUGAGGAGUUGGUCUCGCUGUGGUGGGGUCGCGCAGCCAAGGUUGAUAGUGCCAGGAUUCGUUGCUGUGGGAUUUCAGUUUUGUAG